CGGACGCCUCAAAUUUCCAAUUCGUCGCGACACCUUCACUAAUGUUAAAACUUUAACCGCUUUUUCUCGCAACAUGCCGCCUCAAAUAAAACAAGACCUGAAUCGAUCGGGCUGGGAGUCAACUGACUUUCCAUCCGUAUGUGAGAAUUGCCUGCCGCCAAAUCCAUAUGUUAAGAUGUUGAAAGAGGACUACGGCGCUGAAUGCAAGAUCUGUACGCGACCUUAUACCAUCUUCUCUUGGGCUGCCGACCGCGCCCACGGCCGCAAGAAACGCACAAACGUCUGCCUUACAUGUGCACGUAUGAAGAAUUGCUGUCAAUGCUGUAUGCUAGACUUACAGUUUGGUCUACCCAUCCAACUUCGUGAUGCUGCCCUUAAAAUGGUUGCGCCUGGACCUCAGAGCGAAGUCAACCGCGAGUACUUCGCCCAGAACAACGAGAAGGCUCUCGAAGAGGGGAGGGGUACCGAAGAAUAUGAGAAGACGGACGAGAAGGCGCGUGAGCUGUUACGACGACUAGCGAACAGCAAGCCGUAUUUCAGAAAGGGUCGGGCAAUUGAGGAUGGAAGCGCAACAGAGUCGAAGCCCACUGGAAGUUCAAGAGGAGGCAGUCCAGCGGUAGGAGCUGGCAUCGGUGGGCCGGGUCCGAUACGUACUCGCGACUCUAGAGCAGCGGUGGCAGCAGGUGCUGGUACAGGCCCGAGACCGGGAAGAGGAGGGAGACCGUUCCCUAGUGCAUCGCAAUUACCACCCGGUCCUAAAGACUGGAUGCCUCCUUCCGACAAAUCUAUCAUGAGCCUAUUCGUUACCGGUGUCGAAGAUGACUUACCCGAGUACAAAAUCCGAGACUUUUUCAAGGAACACGGCAAGAUCAAGUCGUUGAUCUGUAGUCAUAUGUCACACUGCGCAUUUAUCAACUACGAGACGCGAGAGGCCGCUGAAAAAGCAGCCGAGGCUUGCCAGGGCCGGGCGGUGAUUGCAGGUUGCCCUCUUCGAGUGCGCUGGAGUUUACCUAAGGCGAUCGGAACAAUGAAUAAGGAGGAAAGGGCCUCUAUGGCUCGCGAUGGUCGAUCCGCAUUUCCAGACCAACGACGAGGAAAUGGCGGUCCCAAAGCGAUCGGAGCACCGCCGUCUCAGGGAGGAGCAAGCCAGGCCGGAACAGCACAGGAUAUUGAUAACAUGACUAUGGUGGCACCGCCGCCGGGGACAGCAGACGUCAACUAUGCUAGCUUGGCUGGAGACUAAAGAAGAAGAGAUGACUUAUUGCAUAGGCGGCGUUUGAGCAUUGCGAUUACAAUUGCGAUUACAACAGGGUUUCAGUGAGAUAUCUAUCAUAAGGAUGCGCAACCACUUAACAGUGGCUAUGAUGUUUAUUGGUACACUGUGGGUAUCAUGCUAUAAUACAAGACUUCGAGGAUUUAAACUCAUUAUCCGUGUCACCUAUCGGCACAUGUCUUCCCGUCGAUUUUAGCUGUCUGGCCAUUCGGGAACUUGACUGUAUCGUUGUCGCCACGU